UGCAAGUAUACCAAAAAGGCUGUCUAACGUCUGUCCAAAAAGAAACUGAUGAUAAAAUAUUUAUGACUGCAUGCUCGAUCCACUGCACCCAAGGUCAUUCAACCGGAGGUCAAUUCCCGUGGUGAAGUUCUACCCCUAGUCUCCUCCACCCAGACGAUGGGCUAAAGUUCACGAGAAACGUCACUGACCUUCGAUCGGCGAACGAAUUAAUUCCCCUCUCCUCCUAGUAAUGACUUUUUUACUUCCGAGAACGAGAAAAUAAAAUUUGAUGGGUGAGAUCAAUCGUAUUGUAUCGGUCUCACCCGGUGGAGGAAAGAGAAUGCUGAAUGAGGCUGAUGGAACCCCUGGGUAUUGCCCCUGAAGUUGUAGAUGUGAGGACACUACCAAGAUGGUCGGAUAUACCGAUACAGCAUCAUUACACGGAUUACUCCAAUUCGCUGGUGGAGCCCACACACCACGCGGAAUCACCGUUCCCUUGUCAAUCCAUAAUAAAUCGGAAAAUUGCAUUAUGGACUGGAGAUAUAUCGAUUUUACAAGUAGACGCGGUAGUCAAUCCAACCAAUGAGACAUUGGAUGACAAUAGUCCAACGUGCCAAAGAAUAUUCACCAAAGCAGGUCCAGCACUCAGUAUUGAAAUUGAUAAUGAAGUUAAUGAAUGCAGAACUGGCGAAGUAAAAGUGACCCAAGCUCACAACCUCCCAGCCCGUUACAUUAUCCACACAGUUGGUCCAAUCUACAACGUGAAAUACCAAACGGCAGCUCAAAAUACCCUCCACUGUUGUUAUCGGAACGUUCUCCAAAAAUCACGUGAACUUGGAUUACGUACAAUUGCACUACCCGUUAUUAAUUCAGUGAGACGUAAUUAUCCACCUGAUGCUGGUGCGCAUAUUGCGCUGCGUACAGUGCGAAGAUUUUUGGAGCAAUUCAGUGAUACGAUAUCGUGCGUUGUCUUUGUACUGGAGCCGUGUGAUUUGGGAAUUUAUCAAGUGCUGCUGCCUCUGUAUUUUCCGAGGACUAUUGAGGAGCAGGAUAAUGCUUGCUGGCAGUUGCCUAGUGAUAUUGGGGGGACUGAUGGGGAACCCAUGCUGCCAGAUCGACAGAUACGAAUUAUUGACAAUCCACAACAUACACUUCAUGCUGAUGAGACUAUUGAAUUAUCUAGUCAAUUGGAUACAUCACUAAACCUCAGUGAGCACGCAUUCACUCAAAUGCAGGGAGAUUUGGACAGGCAGAGGUUACUGGGUGAGCGACCACUCGCUGAUCCACUUGCCGACAUAAUGCUCAAGCAGAUGCAGCAGAAGGAGAGGUACGAGAGACUUUUACGAAGGGCAAAAACCGAAGACUUGACUGAAGUCUCUGGAAUUGGUUGUCUUUACCAGAGUGGAGUUGACAGGCAAGGGAGACCAGUCGUCGUCUUCGUGGGAAAGUGGUUUCCAGCGACGAAAAUCAAUCUCGAUAAGGCCUUACUCUACUUGAUUCAGCUACUGGAUCCAAUCGUCAAGGGUGACUACGUAAUAGCCUACUUUCAUACUUUAACAACAAGUAACAACUAUCCGAGUUUUCAUUGGCUGAGAGAAGUGUACAAUGUGCUUCCUUACAAAUAUAAGAAGCAUCUCAAACAUUUUUACAUCGUUCAUCCUACCUUUUGGACCAAGAUGAUGACAUGGUGGUUCACAACCUUCAUGGCACCGGCUAUCAAACAGAAAGUUCACAAUCUACCCGGUGUCGAGUACUUGUACGAAGUCAUGUCACCAGAUCAAUUAGAAAUUCCAGCUUACAUCACUGAAUAUGAUAUGACGAUAAACGGAAUGAGAUAUUACCAGCCAGACCAGUCUCCCUCACCGUUAACGUAACCGCAGCGAGGUGACAACUACACAAUAAAUUAAAAAUUCCCACUUCAAGAGAAAGAAGAACAAAAAAAAUCGUAAAUUUAAUAAUGCCCGCGUCGCCUUUAAAUUUGCCUUCGCACGCAAAGAGAGAAAAAAAUUACCGUGAAACAGCAUUUUUUCACCCUACCAAUUUUUUCCCAAGUGUAGCCCAGAUAUAAAGAGAACAAUAUAAUCUUUGUGAAUCAAUUGCGAGAGAGAAUGAAGCUCCUAGGGAGUUAACAAUUCCUUUGCUGACGGAAAUGAUGAGUCGAGUAUUCUGACCUUUUCCGAGACGAUUGGGUUUUUGCAUGAGACAAGAAAUGCUGACAAAAAACAUUGUUUGUACUAGAGGAAACAAGAUAGAACCGUCUUUCACCCGAUCUCAUUUGUGAUAUUUCAGCUAAUUAAUAAAUGGACAACGUGGAAAAAGUCCAGAUGCAGAAGAAAUCGAUUUCCAAUUUCAGUUCUUUUUUGUUAGAAAACUACUCAUUUUUUAUUCAAAAAAUAUUGCAUUAUGUUCCAAAGAUCCUGAACUUCUAUUAGGUUUAAUAAUCAGGUCUCAUUCAAAAACCCAACAUCAUUAACUAAAACCCAUAGCCGAUAGACACGAACGUAUGAAGAAUUAGAUAUUAGAUAUUAUUGACUGCCAAACAAUAUCGGUGAAUCAGUAUUUUUGCGACGUUGCGCGAGCCUCACUUUAUCAAAUAGCAUAAAAUCAGCAUAAAAAUAAAAAAUGGGGUAAUACCGGAAAUAAGAGAUUUUCGUUGUUAUGGCUUUUACUCGUAUGACCUCAUUUUUUUUCUUGAAUAAAAAACCGAGAGAUAUGAGCACGUCGUCAAUAUUUUAGAGUACCUAUAACGUUUAGAUGAACAGGAGUGAUUUGCCCCUGUGGUAUUGAAACUACGUAAAAAGUACGUCGAAAUAUUGUUGUUAUAGAGAAAUACAAAUGGUAUAAAAACAAACCUGAGGAAAAACGUUGAAAACAGAGUCUAUAUGCGAUUUACCUGUACAUUAUCAAUAUUUUAUUAAUUGACUUUGCUAUUAUAGUGUUUGCGUGAAGUGGAAAUAGAAGAAUAUGAAAUCGAAGGAUAAAUUAUGUAAAAGUGUGGAAAUUCAGGGGAGACAUCUCGUUUCUAGAUUAUGUAAAAGUUCAGAUUAAUUUUCAGGAGAGGAGAUUAUAUCGACGAUGAGUGGUUUCAGGAGGAAACGUCGAGAGAUGUUUUUACCAAAAACCAUGCAUUAUCGAGAUACUUAAUUAUUUAAUAAGACAUAAAAAACUGAAUUGUUGCAUCAGUUUAUUUAGUUUUAUUUCGUCAUUCACAAAUUAAUCUGAACUUUAUCGAGGAGAUUUAUUAAAAAGUAACUGAGUAGGCUAGAUGAAGCAAAAGAAUAUGUCAAAAGAGCUUCGCGCCACUUACUCGUAGAGGCCGUGCCGUUGUUGACGAUUAAACAAAUAAAGUUGAAUAAAAAAGAAAUAUUAUCAAUUAAUAGAUAUAUAAAAUGCGUCUCGCGUUCAUGUUGACCAAUCGAGCCUGUUCGAUAAUUCAUUCCGCUGAUUUUUGUUUGUCACAGUCAUUAUUUUAUGCGUUUUACAUUCUUUAUUUUAUCGUUUCGGUUAAGUGGAGAGACGAGAUAUAUUGAGAAUUUGUGAAAUGAGAGAUAUCUCCUUCAUUUUUUAUUUAUUUCGGUUGUUUAUCACUGGUUUUUGGGAAAAAAGUUCAAGAAACAACGGGUUAUCGAGAUAAUUAAACUUCUAACACGAAAAAUUAAAUUCUCAUAGUGGCUCCUCAUUCCAAUGAUUUUUAUUAAUUAAUUUCGACUAAUGAAUUAUUACUUGACUAGAAUAUUGAGUAAAGCUGGAACACUCAGAGAGAAACCCCAUAGAAAUAUGAAAUAUUAUCAGGUCUACAGAUUCAUGAACUAAUCAUAGUUUUUCAUUUCAUAAUUUAAUUUAACUCGACCUAAUAGUAGCUUAAUCAAUCGGACAAUCUAUUUGUUGCAUAAAUGAUUUCGACUCCCCCAUUUUAUUCAUCUAAAUCAAUCGAGAAUUCAUCAUUGCUUCAGAAUAUGUUUCAAUCAACAAAUAUUCACAUCACAUAUUUUUAAAAUUAUCAUUUGGUUGUGUUUGGUAAUCUGCAAAUGUUUUUGGAUUUUUCAAACCAUCGUUUCUGUGAAAUUAUUAAUAAUCCCCCAAUCCGUUGAUGAUAGAUGAGAGUACAUGUUUGCAGUUGUCAUUGACUUUUUUUUAAGUUGUAUGUGUGUGAGAGUGAAUUAGAGAGUGAGAUAGAAAAAUAAUUCAAUUUUUCUUCUCCUCACUCUUCGACAUUGUUGUUAUUCCGAAUUAUGAAUAAUAUAUAUUGUAUAGAAAAGUGGUGGUUAUUGAUUGAGAAGGAUACGAAUUCAUUAAAAAAACAACAUUUAUUCUAGAGGAAGACAAAAUAAAUUGAUUUAAAAAUA